GCGAAGGCAGAGCCCCAGCUUCACUCCCUGAGAUCUGUCCUGGGGAGACACUGCUGCUCCGGGGGGCUGACCUGGCGGGGAGUGGCCGCGCAGUCUGCUCCGGCGCCGCUUUGUGCGCGCUGCCGCUGGCCCCUCUACUCCCGGGUCUGCCCCCCUGGGACACCCCCAUACCCCGCCCAAGUCAUGGAGUCCUACCUGCCUCUCUUCUCUGUGGACCUUUGGGAAGCCUCUCCCCACCUCGGGGGUUUGGGCCUAGACUGUGCUGGGAGCCCUUAGGCGUCCUCCCCGACCUGCCCGCGCCCUCGCGCCCGCCGGGGCCCGGGGCUCCAAAGUUGUGGGGACCAGCGCGAGUUUGAAAGUUUGCCCGAGGGCUGGUGCAGGCUUGGAGCUGGGGGCCGUGCGCUGCCCUGGGAGUGUGACCCGGCCAGCGACCAAAACCUUGUGUGACUGAGCUCAAGAGCAGUGCAUCCAGAUUCUCCUCAGAAGUGAGACUUUCCAAAGGACCAAUGACUCUGCUUCCUGUGCCCUUUCAUUUUUUCCUACUCUAUAACUAUGUCUCGAUCUCGCCAUGCAAGGCCUUCCAGAUUAGUCAGGAAGGAAGAUGUAAACAAGAAAAAGAAAAACAGUCAACUGCGAAAGACAACCAAGGCAGCCAACAAAACUGUGGCAUCGGUCAAGACUUUAAGCCCUGGAAAAUUAAAACAAUUAAUUCAAGAAAGAGAUGUUAAGAGAAAAACAGAACCUAAACCACCCAUGCCAGUCAGAAGCCUUCUGACAAGAGCUGGAGCAGCACGCAUGAGUUUGGAUAGGACUGAGGUUCUUUUUCAGAACCCAGAGUCCUUAACGUGCAAUGGGUUUACAAUGGCGCUACGAAACACCUCUCUUAGCAGGCGACUCUCCCAACCCCCACUGGUCAUAGCCAAAUCCAAAAAGGUUCCACUUUCUAAAGGUUUAGAAAACCAACAUGAUUAUAAUUAUAAGAUACUCCCUGAUUUGGGAGCAAAGCACUCAGAAAAUGAUUUGGUUCCAAUGAAAGACACCCAAGUCCUUCCUGAUAUGGAGACUCUAAUUGAUGUACAGAAUUCCUGUUUAAUUAAAGGUAAGAGCCAAGAGACAACUCAGUCUUGGUCCCAAAGAGUUGAGGAUUCCAAAAUCAAUAUCCCGACCCACAGUGGCCCUGCAGCUGAGAUCCUUCCUGGGCCACUGGAACGGACACGCUGUGGUGAAGGACUAUUCUCUGAAGAGACAUUGAAUGAUAUCAGUGGUUCCCCAAACAUGCUUGCUCAGGACACAGUGUGUGCUCCUUUGCCCCAAAGAGCAACCCCCAAAGUUACCUCUCAAGGAAACCCCAGCAUUCAGUUAGAAGAGUUGGGUUCACGAGUGGAAUCCCUUAAGUUAUCUGAUCCUUACCUGGAUCCCAUUAAAAGUGAAGAUGAUCGCUACCCCACCUCCAGUACUGAUAAGGUUAUACCUGAAUUGAACCUUAGAAACUGCUUGGCUCUUGGUGGGUCUACAUCUCCUACCUCUGUAAUAAAAUUCCUCUUGUCAGGCUCAAAACAAGCAAUCCUUGGUGCUAAACCAGAUCAUCAAGAUUUCAAAGCUACUUCAAAUGAACAGGAAGUUUCCGAUACCACCUCUGUUCUAGGACAGGCCUUUGGUGCUAUCCCACACCAAUGGGAACAUCCUGGGGCUGACCCAGUUCAUGUUGAGGCCCUGGGUGAGACCCCAAAUCCACCUGAGAUUCCUGGUGCUAUUCCAGCCCGAGGAGAGAUCUUUGGUACUAUUUUAGACCAACAAGAAACUCUUGAUAUGAAUGGGGGUGUUGGCCCAGACUUGCCUGUCUUCCUUCCUGUUCCUCCAAAUCCAAUUGCUACCUUUAGUGCUCCUUCCAAAUGGCCUGAGCCCCAAAGCACUGUCUCAUAUGGACUUGCAGUCCAGGGUGCUAUACAGAUUUUGCCUUUGGGCUCAGGACACACUCCUCAAUCAUCAUCAAACUCAGAGAAAAAUUCAUUACCUCCAGUAAUGGGUAUCAGUAAUGUUGAAAAUGAGAAACAGGUUCAUAUAAGCUUCUUGCCAUCUAACACUCAGGGGUUCCCAUUAGUCCAUGAGAGAGGACUCUUCCAUGCUUCACUGGGUGUUGCCCAACUCUCCCAGGCUGGCCCCAGCAAAUCAGACAACGGGAACUCCCAGGUCAGUGUAACCAGCACAGUUCAUGUUGUCAACACCACAGUGGUGACUAUGCCAGUGCCAAUGGUCAGUACCUCCAAUUCUUCCUAUACCACUUUGCUACCCACUUUGGAAAAGAAGAAAAGAAAACGAUGUGGGGUCUGUGAACCCUGCCAGCAGAAGACCAACUGUGGUGAAUGUACUUACUGCAAGAACAGAAAGAACAGCCAUCAGAUCUGUAAGAAAAGAAAAUGUGAGGAGCUGAAAAAGAAACCAUCUGUCAUUGUGCCUCUGGAGGUUAUAAAGGAAAACAAGAGGCCCCAGAGGGAAAAGAAGCCCAAAAUUUUAAAGGCAGAUUUUGUUAACAAACCAGUAAAUGGCCCCAAGUCAGAAUCCAUGGACUACAGUAAAUAUGGUCAUGGGGAAGAACAAAAAUCAGAAUUGAACCCACAUCCUAUUGAAAAUGUAACUAAAAAUGAAGAAAACAUGACAGGCAUCGAGGUGGAGAAGUGGACACAAAACAAGAAAUCACAUUUAACUGAUUACGUCAAAGAUUUCAGUGCCAAUGUCCCAGAACCUGAAAAAUCGAACAACUCUGAAGUUGACAAGAAACGAAUCAAACCUCCAAAAUUGUUUGUACAAACCAUAAGAAAUGGCAUUAAACAUGUGCACUAUUUACCCACUGAACCAAAUGUGUCAUUUAAAAAAUUCAAUAUUGAAGCAUUCAGCAAGACAUUAGAAAACAAUUCAUGUAAAUUCCUAAAAGACACGGCAAACCAUAACAACGCUAUGAGCUCCGUUGCUACUGAUAGGAGCUGUGAUCAUCUCAAGGGGAGAAGUAAUGUUUUAGUAUUCCAGCAGCCUGGCUUUAACUGCAAUUCCAUUCCACAUUCUUCACACUCCAACAUAAAUCAUCAUGCCAGCAUACACAAUGAAGAUGAUCAACCAAAAACUCCUGAGAAUAUACAAAGUAAAGAACCAAAAGAUGGAUCUCCAGUUCAACCAAGUCUCUUGUCGUUAAUGAAAGAUAGGAGAUUAACAUUGGAGCAAGUGGUAGCCAUAGAGGCCCUGACUCAACUCUCAGAAGCCCCAUCGGAGAAUUCCUCCCCAUCAAAGUCAGAGAAGGAGGAAGAAUCAGAGCAGAGAACAGCCAGUUUGCUUCAUAGCUGCAAAGCUAUUCUCUACUCUGUAAGAAAAGAUGUUCAGGAUCCAAACUUACAAGGAGAGUCACCAAAUCUUCAUCACAGUCCAUCUUUGGGAAAACAAAGUUCAUCCAGCACGGUGGUUUUCAAUGGGCAAACUACUACACUUUCCAGCUCACAUAUCAGUUCAGCUACUAACCCAGCAUCCACAAAGUCACCUGAAUAUUCAAAAGUCACAAAUUCAUUAUCUCUUUUUGUACCAAAAUCAAAUUCAUCCAAGACUGACACCAAUAAAAGUAUUACUCAAGGGAUAAUUGCUCUUGACAAUUGUUCCAAUAAUUUGCCUCAGUUGCCACCAAGAAAUAAUGAAGUGGGGUAUUGUAACCAGUUACUGGACAGCAGCAAAAAUUUGGACUCAGAUGAUCUAUCCUGUCAGGAUGCAGCCCACACCCAAAUUGAGGAAGAUGUUGCAACACAGUUGACACAACUGGCUUCAAUAAUUAAAUUCAAUUAUAUAAAACCAGAGGACAAGAAAGUUGAAAGUACACCCACAAGCCUUGUUGCAUGUAAUAUACAGCAAAAAUACAACCAAGAGAAGGGCACAAUACAACAGAAACCACCUUCAAGUGUGCAAAAUAAUCAUGGUGCAUCAUUAACAAAGCAAAAGAACACAACCCAGAAAAAGACAAAGUCCACCCCAUCAAGAGAUCGGCGGAAAAAGAAGCCCACAGUUGUAAGUUAUCAAGAAAAUGAUCCACAGCAGUGGGAAACAUUGUCCUAUGCGUAUAGCACAGUAUGUGACAUUUGGAUUGCAUCGAAAUUUCAAAAAUUUGGGCAAUUUUGUUCACAUGAUUUUCCUACUGUAUUUGGGAAAAUUUCUUCCUCAGCCAAAAUAUGGAAACCACUGGCUCAAACAAGGUCCAUUAUACAACCCAAAACAAUAUUUCCUCCACUCACUCAGAUAAAAUUACAGAGAUAUCCUGAAGCAGUAGAGGAAAAGAUGAAGGUUGAACCAUUGGAUUCACUCAGCUUGUUUCAUCUUAAAAGGGAAUCCAACGGGAAGGCAUUCACUGAUAAAGCUUAUAGCUCUCAGGUACAGUUAACAGCGAAUGCCAAUCAGAAAGCCCAUCCUUUGACCCAGCCCUCCUCUCCACCUCACCAGUAUGCUAAUGUGACGGCUGGCGAUGACCAAAUACGAUUUCAACAGGUUGUUAAGGAGCAACUCAUGCAUCAGAGACUGCUAACAUUGCCUGGUAUCUCUCAUGAAACACCCUUACCGGAGUCAGCACUAUCUCUCAGGAAUGUAAAUGUAGUGUGUUCAGGUGGAAUGACCGUGGUUUCUACCAAAAGUGAAGAGGAAGUCUCUUCAUCCAGUGUUGGAACGUCAGAGUUUUCCACGGUGGACAGUGCACAGAAAAAUUUCAGUGAUUAUGCUAUGAACUUCUUUACUAAUCCUACAAAAAACCUAGUGUCCAUAACUAAAGAUUCUGAACUGCCCACCUGCAACUGCAUUGAUCGAGUAAUACAAAAAGACAAAGGCCCAUAUUAUACACACCUUGGGGCAGGACCAAGUGUUGCUGCUGUCAGGGAAAUCAUGGAGAAUAGGUAUGGUGAAAAAGGAAAUGCAAUAAGGAUAGAAAUAGUCGUGUACACCGGCAAAGAAGGGAAAAGCUCUCAUGGGUGUCCAAUUGCUAAGUGGGUUUUGAGAAGAAGCAGUGAUGAAGAAAAAGUUCUUUGUUUGGUCCGACAGCGUACAGGCCACCACUGUCCAACUGCUGUGAUGGUGGUGCUCAUAAUGGUAUGGGAUGGAAUCCCUCUUCCAAUGGCCGACCGACUAUACACAGAGCUCACUGAGAAUCUAAAGUCAUACAAUGGGCAUCCUACUGACCGAAGAUGCACCCUCAAUGAAAAUCGUACCUGUACCUGUCAAGGAAUUGAUCCAGAGACUUGUGGAGCUUCAUUCUCUUUUGGCUGUUCAUGGAGUAUGUACUUUAAUGGCUGUAAGUUUGGUAGAAGCCCAAGCCCCAGAAGAUUCAGAAUUGAUCCAAGCUCUCCCUUACAUACCUACUAUGAAAGAAUUACUAAAGGACGUAAUCCAGAAAGAAGACAUGUGAAACCGGAACGAAUCUGUCCGGGACACGAGGCCAUGGAAAAAAACCUUGAAGACAACUUACAGAGUUUGGCUACGCGAUUAGCUCCAAUUUAUAAGCAGUAUGCUCCAGUAGCUUACCAAAAUCAGGUCGAAUAUGAAAAUAUUGCCCGAGAAUGUCGGCUUGGCAGCAAGGAAGGUCGUCCCUUCUCUGGCGUCACUGCUUGCUUGGACUUCUGUGCCCAUCCCCACAGGGACAUUCACAACAUGAAUAAUGGAAGCACAGUUGUUUGUACUUUAACUAGAGAAGAUAACCGCUCUUUGGGUGUUAUUCCUCAAGAUGAGCAGCUCCAUGUGCUACCUCUUUAUAAACUUUCAGACACAGACGAGUUUGGCUCCAAGGAAGGAAUGGAAGCCAAGAUCCAGUCUGGGGCCAUUGAGGUGCUGGCACCCCGCCGCAAAAAAAGAACUUGUUUCACUCAGCCUGUUCCCCGUUCUGGGAAGAAGAGGGCUGCGAUGAUGACAGAGGUUCUUGCACAUAAGAUAAGGGCAGUAGAGAAGAAACCUAUUCCCCGACUCAAGCGGAAGAAUAACUCAACAACCACAAACAACAGUAAGGCUUCAUCACUGCCAACCUUAGGGAGUAAAACAGAGACCAUGCAACCUGAACUAAAAAGUGAAACUGAUCCCCAUUUUAUCCUAAAAAGUUCAGACAACACUAAAACCUAUUCGCUGAUGCCAUCCGCUUCUCACCCAGUGAAAGAGGCAUCGCCAGGCUUUUCCUGGUCCCCGAAGACUGCAUCAGUUGCACCAACUCCAUUGAAGAAUGACGUAACAGCCUCGUGCGUGUUUUCAGAAAGAAGCAGCACUCCCCACUGCACGAUGCCUUUGGGAAGACUCAGUGGUGCCAAUGCAGCUGCUGCAGAAGGCCCUGGCAUUUCACAGCUUGGCGAAGUUGCUCCUCUCCCCACCCUGUCUGCUCCUGUGACAGAGCCCUUUAUGAAUUCUGAGCCUCCCACUGGUGUGACUGAGCCGCUAACGUCUCAUCAGCCAAAUGAGCAGCCCUUCUUCCUCACCUCUCCCCAAGACCUUGCCUCUUCUCCAAUGGAAGAAGAUGAGCAGCAUUCUGAAGCAGAUGAGCCUCUAUCAGACGAUCCCUUAUCUGAUGACCCCUUGUCACCUGCUGAGGAGAAAUUGCCCCACAUUGAUGAGUACUGGUCAGACAGUGAGCACAUCUUUUUGGAUGCAAAUAUUGGUGGGGUGGCCAUCGCACCUGCCCACGGCUCAGUUUUGAUUGAGUGUGCCCGGCGAGAGCUGCACGCUACCACUCCUGUUGAGCACCCCAACCGUAAUCAUCCAACCCGCCUCUCCCUUGUCUUUUACCAGCACAAAAACCUAAAUAAGCCCCAACACGGUUUUGAACUAAACAAGAUUAAGUUUGAGGCUAAAGAAGCUAAGAAUAAGAAAAUGAAGGCCUCAGAGCAAAAAGACCAGGCAGCUAAAGAAGGUCCAGAACUGUCCUCUGAAGCAAAUGAAUUAAACCAAAUUCCUUCUCAUAAAGCAUUAACAUUAACUCAUGACAAUGUUGUCACCGUGUCCCCUUAUGCUCUCACACACGUUGCGGGGCCCUAUAACCAUUGGGUCUGAAGGCUUUUCUCCCCCUCUUAAUGCCUUUUUGCUAGUGCAGUGUAUUUUUUCAAGGUGCUGUUUUAAGAAAGUCAUGUUGUCGUUUACUAUAUCUUCAUCUCACCCAUUUCAAGUCUGAGGUAAAAAAAUAAUAAUAAUAACAAACGGGGUGGGUAUUCUUAACUGUGACAAUAUUUUGACAAUUGGUAGAAGGUGCACAUUUUAAGCAAAAAUAAAAGUUUUAUAGUUUUAAAUACAUAAAGAAAUGUUUCGGUUAGGCAUUAACCUUGGUAGAAUCACUCAGUUUGGUGCUUUCAAUUAAGUCUGUUUACUCUGAAACAAGAGUCAUUUUUAGAGGAUUUUAACAGGUUCAUGUUUAUGAUGUAAAAUCAAGACACACAGUGUUAACUCUACACAGCUUCUGGUGCUUAACCACAUCCACACAGUUAAAAAUAAGCUGAAUUAUUAUUUCAUGGUGCCAUUGUUCCAACAUCUUCCAAUCAUUGCUAGAAAAUUGGCAUAUUCUUUUGAAAUAAACUUAUGAAAUGUUUUCUCUCUUAAAAUAUUUCUUCUGUGUAAAAUAAAUUGUUGUUAGUAAUGGUUGGAGGCUGUUCAUAAAUUGUAAAUAGAUAUUUUAAAAGCACUUUCUAUUUUUAAAAGUAACUUGAAAUAAUAUAGUAUAAGAAUCCUAUUGUCUAUUGUUCGUGCAUAUUUGCAUACAAGAGAAAUCAUUUAUCCUUGCUGUGUAGAGUUCCAUCUUGUUAAUUGCAGUAUGUAUUCUAAUCAUGUAUAUGGUUUGUGUUCUUUUACUGUGUACUUUCACAUUCAAAUGUUAGCAACUCGCAGUAUUUAAAAUAGAUAAUGAGAAGUUGUUAAUUAUGGAAUUAGGAAGCAUAUCACCAAUACUGAUUAACAUUUCCUUUGGAACUAGGUAAGAGUGGUCUCUUCUGACUUACUGAACAACUUUAGUCUAGUUUCAUCCUACCUUUCUCAUUAUAAUCCAUGAGAAGUAUUUCCAAAAGGAGAUGAUGGGACAGGAUAGGUUUCAGAAGAGUCAAAUGCUUCUAAUGUCUCAAGGUGAUAAAAUACAAAAAUUAAGUAGACAGAUAUUUGUACUGAAGUCUAAUAUAGAAUUAGAAAAAGAAAAUCUUGUUGAAAUAUUUUGAAAACCAACUCCCUACUAUCAUCACAUGCUUUCCCAACCCCAAGUCAAACAAGAGGAAUGGUACUAUAAACAUGGCUUUGUCCAUUAAGAGCUAAUUCAUUUGUUUAUCUUAGCAUAUUAGAUUUGGGAAAAUGAUAACUCAUCUUUUCUGAUAAUUGCCUAUGACCUAGGUAACAGGAAAACAGGCAUUACGUUUAUUUUAGUCUUCCCAUUUUUUUCCUAUUACUUUGUUGACUCAUUUUGUUGCAAAACAAAAAGGAUUACCCAAACAACAUGUUUAGAACAAGGAGAACUUUCAAUGAAAUACUUGAUUCUGUUAAAAGCAGAGGUGCUAUAACAUUCAAAGUGUCAGAUUCCUGGGGAGUAUGGAAAACCUAAUGGUGCUUCUCCCUUGGAAAUGCCAUAGGAAGCCCACAACCGCUAACACUUACAAUUUUGGUGCAAAAGCAAACAGUUCCAGCAGGCUUUCUAAAGAAAAACUCAUUGUAACUUAUUAAAAUAAUAUAUGGUGCAAAGUAUCUGAUUUGAGCUUUUGACUAAUCCAAGUGAAGGAAUAUGAAGGGAUUGUAAAUAACAAAAAUGUCCAUUGAUAGACCAUCGUGUACAAGUAGAUUUCUGCUUGUUGAAAUGUAAAAUAGGGUAAUUCAUUAACUUGUUUUAGUAUUUUGUGUGCCUUAGAUUUCUGUUUUAAAACAUGUAUAUUUUUGUGGGCCUAAGGUUUCUUAUACAUAUAAGUAUAUAAAUAAGUGAUUGUUUAUUGCUUCAGCUGCUUCAAUGAGAUAUUUACUAGUAUUAUACUAUCAGGAAUACACCCUUGCGAGAUUAUGUUUUAGAUUUUAGGCCUUAGCUCCCACUAGAAAUGAUUUCUUCACCAGAUUUAAUGGAUAAAGUUUUAUGGCUCUUUAUGCAUUCACUCAUCUAUUCAUUCUUCGAGUCUAUACUUACUGAAUGCCUGCAAAAUCUAAGUGUCACUUUUAUUUUUCUUUGAAAAACCACCUAUGACAUAGUAAACUUGAAGAAUAAAAACUACCCUCAGAAAUAUUUUUAAAAUAAAUAGCAAAUUAUCUUCAAAAUAAUCCAUGGUAAUGUAUGCAGUAAUUCAAAUUGAUCUGUCUCUCAAUAGGUUUCUUAACAAUCUAAACUUGAAACAUCAAUGUUAAUUUUGGGGACUAUUGGGAUUUGUGACACUUGCUGCAAUUUACCAAAACAAGUACAUGAAAAUAUCUCGUAUCAACUGAAAUGUUUCCAUUUCAUUGUUGUAAUUAACAUCAUGAAUGGACUUCCUAAACUGAUCACCCCACUGUGGGAACCAAAUUGGAUUCCUAUUUUGUUGGACUCUCUUUCCCGAUUUUAACAAUUUACCAUCCCAUUCUCUGCCCUGUGAUUUUUUUAAAAGCUUAUUCAAUGUUCUGCAGCAUUGUGAUUGUAUGCUGGCUACACUGCUUUUAGAAUGCUCUUUCUCAUGAAGCAAGGAAAUAAAUUUGUUUGAAAUGACAUUUUCUCAUAAUACUGGUCAUCUAACAUUAUUUCUACCCCUCUAUUAUGUUUUGCUAUAAUGAUCACCUUUAACACUCUAAUUGGGUUUUAAAUCUGCAUUUGUUCAUAGUAUGAUCAUUGAAUUCACUGAUACAUGACCUCCUAGUUAGCUCAAUCAGUGCAUCAUAUGCUACAAACUUAUCAACUUAAGUGAAGGAAUAAUUCCUGUGUAUUGCAGAAUCCUACAAAAUAUGCUGCCCCUAGAUAUUCCAUUUCAUUUUUCUUUUUUUUUUUGGAGUGACAGUCUUGCUAUGCUGCCCAGGCUGGUCUCAAACUCCUGGCCUCAAGUGGUCCUCCUGCAUCAGCCUCCUAAAGUACAAAACUUAUAAGCAUGAGCCACUCUACCCAGUCUAAAAUUCCAUUUCUAAUGGCUCUUGAUCCAUUGUUGAAAUUUCUUUUUUUCUUCCUUGUGCUUGUCAGUCUCACCUACCUCUUGUUUCCAAUUCAUCUACAAAGUACCAAAUAGACCAGGUCAUAAACUGAAUUGAAAUACAUUCUUAUCAGAAAGUGAGGCUAUUUGAAAAGGCAUAGGUAGCUGUAGGCAAAUUAAGGAAAGUGAGGCUAUUUGAAAAGGCAUAGAUAGCUGUAGGCAAAUUAUUGCAACAUGUUUACAUCUUAAAUAUUGUCCAACAUCUUUGUUAUUCAAUCUGCAUGUUGAUAAUGUAGUUUCAUUUAUUAAAUUUAGAACUUCAACUAGAUGAGAUCCAUAAGUAAUUUACUUAAGACAUAACCUCAAUACAUAUUUAAUUGAAUGCAUACCCUUGUGUAAAUAAGCUACUCAUUUAAUUCAUAUGACUAACCUACUUUCUAAUAUUACAGUGGACUCCUACUGAUCAUUUCACAAUAGCAUGUGUGAAAAUAACCCUGAACUAAUUUUUAAAACAAAUUAUAUUGACUUUAUCUGGGACAUAGGUAAGACUUUAUUGCAUGAAACUUCCACUGACAGUGGGCACAGCAUUUCCUUUGCAUGUGCCAACUAAAUCAGUAGCUGUAUGCGACCUUCAAUAAAUAUAUAGUUAUUACCUUCAAUUUCACUCCUUGAUGCAUGGAAAUCUUUUUUAUCUAGAUUUAAUACAACUGUGAGUUUUGAUCUUUUAUAGAAAUUUGUGACAGAAUUUCGGAAUAAAUUAAUAUAGUAGUGGCCUUUCAUAGCAAUGGAAGACACCUGCGAAGUCAUAUAGUUCAAUCACUGGGGUCCAGAGAGCAAAUCUUAAUGUUAAAUUAGAAUUAGAAUUUAAACAGAUGAAGGCCACUUUGUGUUGAGAACAGGAGGGAAACUUGAUUUUCAUACCCAAAAGAUAUUUUAUCACUGUUAAAUAAACAGGUAUCAAAUGCUUAUACAUUAUAGGUUUUCAAUUUCCCUGGAUCUAGUGUUAAGCAUAUACAAGAAGUUAUAAAGGCGUGAAUGACUGAAACAGUUAAGGAAAGUAUAUUUCCACUGUAUAUACUACCUAGCCAUGAUUGUAGAGUUCAUUCAUGCCCCUUGCCUAGUUAGCCUCACAGUUAAGUCCCAGCAUAGUUUAUUUUGAUGUAGCUGUCUACAUGUAUUGGAAUACUAUUUUAUUGCACAUAGCUUCUAAACUUGCCCAUAUGUAGUGCUGGCUUCAGCAGCACAUAUACUAAACUUGCCCAUAUAUGUAUUGAACUUACUACUUUCAACACCAGUUGUAUGGCACACUUAACCAAGUGAUUAUAACCAAUACAUGAUUGCUGAAGGAGUCUGGAUUUAUUCAAAUCAAACUGCGCUCCAUGUUGAGCUAACUUUUAACAGCUUUAGAAAAUGAUGUCAUGCAUUGCUCUGGAAUACAAUUCAGAAAGGAUCAGUAUGUCCUUCAUCAGAAGCUAAAUUUGUGUGUUUUCUUAGAAUAUAUUGAGAUUUACUGGCAAUGUUCUUGCUUUUCCUAUAUAUAUAAAAUAUAAACUGAUUUCCUUUAUUACUUUCUGAAAUGGUAGAGCUGGUUAUUAUGCAGGCUAUCAUUACUAUUUUGGUCUGCAUGGAUAGCUGUAAAUUUUAUUUUUUUAUUUUAUUAUUAUUUUGCUGCAAAUUUUAAUUCUCUACCUUUCAGUGUCUGGAAGACUUUUUUUUUUUUUUUUUGAGACGGAGUUUCGCUGUUGUUACCAUUGCACUGGAGUGCAAUGGUACGAUCGCGGCUCACCGCAACCUCCGCCUUCUGGGUUCAAGCAAUUCUCCUGCCUCACCCUCCCGAGUAGCUGGGAUUACAGGCACACGCCACCAUGCCCAGCUAAUUUUUGUAUUUUUAGUAGAGACGGGGUUUCACCUUGUUGACCAGGAUGGUCUCGAUCUCUUGACCUCGUGAUCCACCCGCCUAGGCCUUCCAAAGUGCUGGGAUUAUAGGCGUGAACCACCGUGCCCGGCCUGGAAGACUUUUUAAUUCCUUGUUUCUUCUGGGCUUCCAAUCACACACCGUUGUUUCAAAAGGCAUAUAUUUUACUCUCAAGUAAUCCAAAGGUAUUUUUUUUUUUUUUUUGAGACGGAGUUUCGCUCUUGUUACCCAGGCUGGAGUGCAAUGGCGCAAUCUCGGCUCACCGCAAUCUCCGCCUCCUGGGUUCAGGCAAUUCUCCUGCCUCAGCCUCCUGAGUAGCUGGGAUCACAGGCACGUGCCACCAUACCCAGCUAAUUUUUUGUAUUUUUAGUAGAGAUGGGGUUUCACCAUGUUGACCAGGAUGGUCUUGAUUUCUCGACCCCGUGAUCCACCCGCCUCGGCCUCCCAAAGUGCUGGGAUUACAGGCUUGAGCCACUGCACCCGGCCCAAUCCAAAAGUAUUCUUAAUUUUGCUACUCCUCCUUUUCACUUCUCUUUAAGAGCCUGACAUAUGUUCGUUUCUCUUGAUAGUAUGCAAUAUUUAAUAUUUCUAGCUCUAAAAUUCCAUCAUUAGUCUUUCUUUCUUUUUUUUUUUUUUUUUUUGAGUGAUUGUCUUGCUCUGUCCCCCAGGCUGCAGUACAGUGGUGUGAUCUCGGCUCACUGCAAUCUCUCUCCUGGGUUCAAGCAAUUCUCCUGCCUCAGCCUCCUAAAUAGCUGGGAUUACAGGUGCUCACCACCAUGCACAGCUAAUUUUUGUAUUUUAGUAGAAACGAGGUUUCACUAUGUAGAUCAAGCUGGUCUCCUGACCUCUGAUGAUCCUCCUGCCUCGGCUUCCCAAAGUGCUAGGAUUACAGGCGUGAGCCACUGCACCCAGCCAAUCAUUUAUUUAUCAUCUGUACUUCUUUCCUACCUUUACUGUAAUACUUACGAUCUUGCCUUGGUCAUAAGUUUUCUUCUAGUUUGUUCAACCAUAGAUGUCCUCUAUGUUGGAGCAAAACUAGGUCCAAGGUAGGAAUGUAAUUAUUAGGUGUAAAACAUAUUAGUUGAUUUAACCCACUUAUAUUUGAAUGCAACUUUGGAAAUCUUUGGUUAACAGUAUAAAGCUAUCUUUCCUAAAAAUAGAAAUUUUGUCCUAGGCAGCUGUUAAGUAAGACAUGACCCUUGUCUUGUUCAAAAGAAAGAAACUGCAGCUGUCAAAUUUUCAUUUUAGGAGAAACAAUAUUGGAAAGCAAUUUGGUUUCUUCUCCAUUUCAUAAGCUAUGAACCUUAUAACCCUUGACUAGAAACUCUACUUGUUAUUUUUCUUUUUUCUCAUUUUACUGAAGCUGCAAUGUCACUAAACGCACUUUCAUUCUUUUCACAGUGUUAUUUUUCUUUGAUUUUCUUUAAAUUAAAAAUCUAUUGCUUCCCCUUCUCUGUCCUGUCUCCAUUCCUCUGAUCCCAUACACAAAUACACAUUGUACAUUUAAAAAAUAGCAAUAAUCUUGGUAAAGCUGUCUUUUCCUGUCUUUCAGUUCUUCUAGUUGUAACAUCAUAAGAAAUCAUAAACUUUUCUUAAACUGUUUUUCAGUUUUAGGCAAAUUGCGUGCUUAGGAAUAAUAGUUAAGCAGUCACAAGACCACAGGUUAAUAUUGAGUGCUCUUUUUUUUUCAUGUCCCCCCACCGCCCCGAGUGCUCUUUUACUUUACCAAUCCCAACAAUGUUUAACUCUUACUUACUAGUGUUUUGAAUGUUUUAUUUUAAGAUUGUGUAUGAAGUUAAAUAUUCUAAGUCCUUCUGUGUGGCUUUACUAUUUCUAAUGCAAAUUUACUCCAUUGGAAUUUUUUGGUUUUUGCCAGUAAUAGGAAUUAUUCUGCAAUCUGGGUGAGAAAGAUUAGGAAAUGAACUGAAAAAGUAAUUGGAAGAGGAGGCAGAAGUAGACCAUCAGAAACUCUUUUGACCAUAAGAAGGGGAAGUUAAGGGACAGAAUGGAGGAAGAAUUGUACUACUAUCAGCAAUCUGAGGGUUCACUCUACCUGCUUAAAAGCAAGAAAUAUUUUUAAUAUUUCUUCUCACCACUCUGCACUAAUUUAAUCUGAAAAAUUGCUGCUAAAAUGUAGCCAUUUUGAAAGCAGUGGUAGUAAUCAAAGGUAUAAUCCUCAUGCUAUAUAAUGUUUUAGAUUAUCAAACUGCUGUACUAUGUGCAGCUUUUUCUGCCCGUUACUGAAGGUUAGAUGGAAAACGUUGUCCCCAUCUUAGAGGUGAGGAACCUCAGAUGACAAGAAUAGCAAAUGGCUGGCUCCAAGUCACACAGCAAGUCAAUCAAUCAGAAACUAAAAUAUUUAUUAUCUGCAGAUGCUAAAUUUCUGCAUCAUAAACAAUGACUUGGAGAGAAUGUUGCUGAGUAGAAAUUUUGUCCCACCUGAUCUGAGAAUAUAAAAUCUUAUCAUUCAUAAAACAUACUUCUGAAGUAUUUUGUUUCCUUUAUUUAUUUAGCCAGCUAGUUUCUUAUGCGGACUAAAGAAAGUCUCCUGAAUUCCUUAAAUUCCGCAAUAGGGCUUAGAUGUAUGAAGUUUUAUAUUUUUUCCUCCUUAUAAAAACCUCUUUUUAUAAAGAAUAUCCCUGUGGUACUAAAACAAGGGAAAAUCUCCUAAAUAAUAUAUUUUUAAAUAUUACUUUUUUUAAAAAGCUAGAGUAACCACCUCACAAUCAAAAUUUAAUGUAUUUGUUAUAUUGAAACGCAGGUUUUUUGAGGGAAACAUGGUAGGUAAACAUUUUAGUUCCCAACUCCUGAUGGUAAAAAUGCUAAAUUAGGCCAGGUGUGGUGGCUCAUGCCUAUAAUCCCAGCACUUUGGGAGGCCAAGGUGGGUGGAUCAUGAGGUCAGGAGUUCAAGACCAGCCUGGCCAAGAUGGUGAAACCCUGUUGCUACUAAAAAUACAAAAAUUAGCCAGGCGUGAUGGUGGACACCUGUAAUCCCAGCUACUUGAGAGGCUGAGGCAGAGAAUUGGUUGAACCGGGGAGGCGGAGAUUGUGGUGAGCUGAGAUUAUGCCACUGCACUCCAGCCUAGGUGACAGAGCGAGACUCUGUCUCAAAAAAAAAAAAAAAUCAAAAUUGUUGGCAUCUCUAAGAGAUACUAUUGUCUCCCACUUAAUUGAAUUUGUUUUCUUUUGUUUGUUUUGCUUUGAUUCCAGCCGCAUAAAAUCUGUGAGUCAAAGAUUGACCCAGAGAUUUGCUCAGAGACUUAAGAAAAAUAAUGAGAUGUAGUUGUAAUUUUUUUUUAAUUGAAAUAGAGUUUCACCAUGUUGGUCAAGCUGAUCUCAAAUUCCUGACCUCAGGUGAUCCACCUGCCUUGUCCUCCCAAAGUGCUGGGAUUACAGGCAUGAGCCACCGCACCCAGCGGUAAAUUUUAAAAUAAUGAAAAAUAAUGAGAUGUCUUUGUAAAUUUUUAAAAUAACCUCCUUAUUUGAAUAAAGAGGUAGGAUGUUCUGGCUAUCUAAUUAGCACAUACUGGGUCAUACACACACACACACACACACACACACACACAAAUAGGCCAAACAACUCUAGAUACUCAGAUAAAUUCCCCUUUUAGUGAUUCAGUUUAGUAACUGCCUAUCCUCAUCAAUGCCUGUUUGUGAUGAUAAAAUGUUUGACAACCGGGACUUUACAAAAAUAGCUCCUAAAAAAAAAUUUAAUAUUUUAUUGCAAUGUAUGUUCAUCUAUUUUUUUUUAACUUUUAUGGGAUAAUGUUGUGAUAGGUGCUUUAAGAAAAAUAUUUUUCCAGAAAUGAUUUAUAGUAAAAACUAAGGGCAGUUUUUACAUUGUGGUGUGUGGGUGGAUGGUCAUAUUUAGUUUAAGAUAUCAUGAAGUGUUCCCUAACAAAAAACUUGCAAAACUAUUUGGCAGGAAGAAAAUAAUCAACUUCUAGUUUAUUUAUUUUUCUCAUGCUAUAUGCUUAACUACCAAGUAAAUUCACUUGAAUACCAUUACCUUAAUUCAAAGGAGAAGCCAGAAAGAAUGUUUAUCACUGGUGGGAGUAAAAUAUACACAGAUUCUUUACCAUGGUGAAAUAGAGUAAUACUGAAUUCCCAAUUCAGAAAUAUUAAUUUCAUAAGCUAAUAUUUCUGUCUUUUAGCUGACUUAUUUCUCCAGGAUAUAUUGACUAUUUACCUUUGAAUUUUUGCUUUGGGGGAUUUUUACCUAUUGCUGUCCCACUGCAUUAAGUAUCCUGUACAAUGAAAUGUCUUAGCAAGGAAACACUUUUAAAACUUCACUUCAGCAGAGUUUUAAACAAAAAAAAAAAAAAAAGAAA